AUGGCGGCGCCGUCCUCUCUGCUCCGAGCGGGCUUCAGAUCCGCGCGAGACGCGCUGAGUCGCGGCGAGAGAUGCAGAGCUGCUGACAAUCUCUUCCCGCGGGCGUUGCAGCAACUCCAUCCUUCCGAGCGCGCCGAGUUCAGCACUGAAAUUGGCAGUUCUGCCGGAGAAAUGACGCCUCCAGCACAACAUUCUGCCGCUGGGGCUGCUGCUGAUGCAGGAGCUGCUGGUGAUGCUGCAGGUGGUGCUUCAAGCAAUGCUGCUACAACUGACCCAGCGUCGUCGAGCGGUGCUGCGGUGACGAGCGGUGCGGAUGGGUCUCGUGCGGUGCUGGCGAAGCUGCUCAACGUGCCCCGCAUGGUGCUCAAGGAGGAGCUUCUGAGGUCCUUCCGCAACCCUGCGCUGACGCCAGCCGAUGUGUUCACCGUGCUGGACGACCGUCUGCACACGCUGCACUGGCAGCUUGAGUUCAAGUCACCAGACGACUACAGCAAGGCCCGGGAGCUCGUGGAACUUUAUAAGAGGGGGGGUUCGCGGAUUCGGCUCCAAGAGCUGUCUCCCAGAGACCACGAACUUGCAUUCCACACGAAGCAUCACAACGCGGAGCUUCGCCAGUGGAGAGACGUCUCGCUCAUCAUGACAGGGUUACCAGACGAUGUGAAGACGGAUGACAUAGAGCAGUUCUUUGAGGACUACAUGCUGCACCCGCCCUCCGUGUACCACGUCAGGAUGUGA